CAAUAUUUUAUUUCCCUUCUCAGUUCUCACUUGUCUUUAAGCUGCUCCUAUCUCACUUCCCCUCUCUCUCUACAGGGUGUAACUUCCUAUGAACUCAUGCUUUAUGGAGGUUUUGUAAAUCUGUGGGCAUUGCUGGAUGGACUUUGGAGUGGUGAAUUUGGAGGGUUUGACUUGUCCAGAGAGUGGAGUAUUUUCUCAGGCUGUUUCUGAGCCUGAGGCCACCAAGUCAAAGAGCUAUGGAUCUGGGUUUCUCAAACAAGGGAGAUCUGAAUCUGGUGAAGAAGAGUGGAAGAGCUCCAAAAUGUCCAGAACUGAUGGCCUUGAUGCCUCCAAAACAAUGUUUGGAACUUCUCUACUGAGAUCUAAUUCUCUGCUCUCUGGUGGUGAUGUUGGUCAACACAACAACAUGCUCAGCUUCUCUUCACCCAAAUCAGAAGUAACCUUCCUCAGUAAAAAUGGUGGAUUAGUUGGGAAGACCACUCAAAACCCAUCCAUUCCUUUCUAUCAACACACCCCUUAUGUUUUCACUAGAAAUGCAGGAUAUGGUUUUGGAGGUUUCAAUGAGUCCAUACCUGGGAUUAGAGGGCCAUUUACUCCAUCUCAGUGGAUUGAGUUGGAACACCAGGCCUUGAUCUACAAGUACAUGAUGGCAAAUGUGCCUGUUCCAUCCAAUUUACUCUUUGCCCUCAAGACAUGUCUCAACCCAUAUGGAUUAUCGGGUUUGUUGUCCGGAUCCUAUGCCCCCAAUUCAUUUGGAUGGGGCUCUUUCCAUAUAGGUUUCUCCGGCAGCACUGAUCCUGAGUUGGGGAGGUGUCGUCGUACUGAUGGGAAGAAAUGGCGGUGCUCAAGAGAUGCAGUUCCAGAUCAGAAAUACUGUGAAAGACACAUUAACAGGGGCCGUCACCGUUCAAGAAAGCAUGUGGAAGGCCAGACUGGCCAUGCCGUCUCUGGAUCCACUAUUCCAAAGGUGGCACCGAUUGCUUCUUCUAUGCCUGCAUCGGUAAUGUCCAGUGGCGGUGCAUCCAACAGCCUCAAUGGCACGCAGCACCAGUUCAAGAGCUUGCAGCCUGGUGAUGCCAAUCAUACUACAGACCCUCUUGUCAAUCGAACGCAAGAUCCCCAAGACCUCUCCGUGAUAUCUCCAACCAUCAACCUGAAGUCUAAUGACUCCCCUUUCUCCCUUCCCAAACGUGUCCCUCUGGACAAAUCCUCCCAAUCAGAGUUUGGACUUGUCUCCUCUGAUUCUCUUCUCAAUCCUUCUCAAGGAAGCCAUAAUUCUUUCUUGGAUUUCAAUGACAAACAUCCACUUCGCCAAAUUGUUGAUGACCAGUCUAAGGAUCAAUACAGUUGCUCCACCAUUGCUUGGCCAGAAAAAUUGAAGUCGGACUGGACUCAGCUCUCAAUGUCAAUUCCAAUGAUCACCUCCAAUUUCUCAUCAACAACAUCAUCGUCCUCACAAGAGAAACUAGCCCUCUCGCCACUUAGGCUAUCUUGUGAGUAUGAUCAAAUCCAAAUGGGCUUGGGGGUGGGUAAUGAUCUCGGCAAACCAACCGAAAAGGAAAUAAAUUUUAUACCAAUAGCUUGGGGAAGUUCAGUGGGAGGUCCAUUAGGAGAGGUCUUGAACAACAGCUCUAGCACUGGGGAAGCCUGCAAGAGUUCGUCGACUCUGAACCUCAUGACUGGAGUGUGGGAUAGCGGCCCUCAAUUGGGAUCUUCGCCGAUAGGUGUCCUACAGAAGACGACUUUCAUUUCACUUUCAAAUAGCAGUUCAGCUAGUAGCCUUACAGCUGACAAGAAGGCCAAUGAGGGUGGUGGCCUCUGUGAUGAUGUGCUCGGUUCAACCCUUGCAAGUUCCUUCUCCAUCCCAUUCUUGCAAUGAGCACUAGUCGAGUGAGAAUAAAGUUGAUGGAAAAAGUCCGCUGGAGUUUAGGACAGCUCACUCGAAUUUAGCAAUUCCUUUCUCUUGUUUGUCGAGUAUGGUUUGCUGAUAUUACAAUAGUAGGGACUAGGCUCAUUUAGAGAACCUGCAUUGGCGAUUCUUACUCUUUAUGUAAGGCUAGACUAAUUAAUACCAUAUCGUUGGAACAGAUGUAACCUACUAUUAUGUAUUCUCCCUUUUUGUUGAGUUUUACAUUAUCUAAUCACAGUUGCACAGAUACUCACUGUAUUGAAAAUUGCUUUACAAACAAAUUUUGAUGCAGAAAUUUUGUCGGGAACAACUGUUAUUGGCAUAUUUGAAACUGUAAUGCACAUUCUUGGCCUCGAACCUCACAUUUGAAAUUUUGAUAUGGCCAUUGAUGUAUGAAAAGGUUGCGAAACUUUACUAGUUAUCUUUGUGGUUUUCUGAAUGUAAAGUCCCUAUAUGAAUAUUCAUUAGGGUCAUUUAAAAUUUUUUUUUUUUUUUAAGUAUGUUCAUUAGAGUAGUUUUGCCGUGUCUCCUGGAAAUGUGCAUGUUUAUCAAGGAAAAGCCAGCACUAGGUACAAGCAAAUUGCUCAGGAAAUGGAAUCCGUCACUGGUGAACAAUACUAAUAGAUUUGACUACAGGUUUGUUUGGUUGCCUGCAAAUUCAUUUUCUUUUUCACGGACUUAGAUUUAGUUAUACUAAUCAAGGUAAUUAUAGUUCCGAACCCAAGGAGUCGGCCUUGUUGAAAAACACUUCGUCCUGGUACCUCAUGAAGGAUUAGGUCUCAGGAUCGAUUUCUUCUACGUGAAAAUAAUUUCUUAGAGGCCACAUUCACGGGCAUAGUUUGAGUUUUACCUGAUUUAUGUGGGGGAGAUGCCUGUUUCGGUAGGAAAAAAAAAAAAGAAAAAAGGAAAUUUACAGUUCUGGGAAUUUAA